CGCGGGGGGACUUUUGGCGAUGGCUGGAAGGCGCGGCGGUCGUAGCAACGGGAUGCUCCUCAUGCUGGCGCUUCACGUUUUCUCGCAGUUCGUCCAGCUCGAGAGGAAGCCGCCGGUUACGGCGGCGCUGAUUCUCGCGAAUGUGAUCGUCUAUCUGCGCCCUGGGAGCCUGCACGAGGUUUUGCCAUCGAUCGAGGAGGUCUGCCUCAGUCCCUACCUUGUUCUCCGGAAUUUCGAUGUGAAGCGCUUGCUUCUCUCGGCUUUCUACCACGUCGACGAAGCGCACCUGUUCUACAACAUGAUCUCACUGCUCUGGAAGGGCGUCCAGCUCGAAGGUAGAAUGGGAAGCCCGAAAUUCGCGUCCAUGGUGGCUCUCCUCCUGGGGAUGUCUCACGGCUUGAUGGUGUUGCUGGGAACGCUCGUCUCGACCCUGACCGAUUCGCCUGCGCCUUACACGUCCUGUGCCGUGGGAUUCUCGGCGCUUCUCUUCGCUCUCAAGGUAGUCCUCAAUCACAACUCUCCAGCCAACGCCAUCGUCUAUGGCUUCGUAGUACCAGCGAGGUUUGCAGCAUGGGCAGAGCUCGUUCUCGUCCAGAUGUUCAUGCCAGGCGCCUCGUUCUUGGGCCACCUCUCCGGAAUUCUAGCAGGGCUGCUCUACGUACGUGCUCCCAGGUUCUUCUCCAGUGGCAUCGGGGCUCUCGUAAGAAGAUCGGCGAACUGGUCGUGGAUGGUGACUAGGCCGCUGUGGUUCUUACUGGGACGACCAUCGCCACCGCCGUCUCGUCGCUUCGGUGGAGGAUCUGUGGGAUCCAGGAAUGAAGGUGGCGGAAGUGGAGGCGGGCUAAGUUUUCAGAUGUGGAGGUGUCGAGCUUGCACGUACGAAAACUGGGAGCCUGCCGACAGCUGUGAGAUGUGUGGAACUCCGAGGUCUGGUGGCGGCAACAGUUCCUUCAGCCCGACGGCUCCGCCGUGGCCACAGCAUGAACCGCUGCCUGGCUCGCCGCAAACUUCUGCCGAGGCCAUACGGCAGGCACGUAUUGCAAGAUUUACGAGGUGACGGCGUGCGUCGUCCAUCGGCGGAAU